AUGGCAAGGCUUUCUUGGGCUUCCAUUGCCUUAAUCCUUAUCCUUGCCAUUUCAUUUGCUGUUGAAGUCUCAUAUGCUGGCGGAGAGGGAUCAGUCACCAUAGAACAAUGUCCGCCGGCGUGCGACUACCGAUGCUCGGCAACCUCACACCAGAAGCCAUGCCUGCUGUACUGCAAUAUGUGUUGCAAGAAAUGCUUGUGUGUUCCUUCGGGCACCUAUGGACACAAGGAAGAAUGUCCCUGCUACAAUAAUUGGAAGACUAAGGAGGGCAAGCCCAAGUGUCCUUGA